AUGGGUCCAGUUGAUCGUUCGCAGUACGAUAGCUUAACUACAGUUCCUGGAGAGGCUCUCGUUACGCUCGUGGGAAUCUACAAGAGGACUUCCUAUGAGAACUCUGAUGUCGCCUCACUUGCCAUCUCCAACGACUGCGCUGCACAAGGUGGCCAAGACGCUGUCUUAGCUACCGUAGCUUGCAACAUCACGGUGACUGGGUACAAGGCGGGCUCGUCGUCACCGUAUACGACUCAGAAUUUCCAAUUUACCUCCGAGGAGCCUGUGGAUGUUAUGAGCCCUCUGGCAUUCGGCACAUUCUUGGUGAAGUUUCAGAAUCUACAAGAUGUCACUUUGGCUGUCGAGCCUCCUUUGCUCACUAGUGCGCAUGGCUCUUGCUUGACAAAGACUGAAGAGAAUGAUGAUGUUCGUUUCUAA